UGGUGUGUAUGGAGAGUCUAAACAACAGUUUCUUUACAAGUAAUACUAUUAUUAAAAUAUUAGGAUCACGUGAGCUCUAACAUCUUCUCUCGCAUUGGCUGUCGCUCCCAAAAGUCACUCUUUAGUUGCAUAAAGUUAAAGAUUUAUUUUUCGCUGGACACGCCCACAUCCGUUCGUCAAAGGUAUCUGUUGCUCGUGUUGCCGGAAGUCGCCAGCUCUAAUUGAAAAUGAAUUAGAUGUUUUGUCCCUACCACUGAUCUAUAUACCUACUAACCCAAGGGAGAGAACCAGAAACUCCACAGGCUGCCAUUCCUCGCACAUACGAACCAGGGAGCGCGCCAAGAAUCCCAUUGCGUUGGACAGACGUCACCAUAGCAACACAAUGGAGUGGAGGGAGGGAGCGCGCUUUUUUCGUGUCUGACUCCUGCCAAAAAGAGUUGACUGGUGCUUCUGUGUUCCUCAUCAAUUCGACGACACUAAGAAAGAAAGUCAUACACAUCUGGGAUGGCAUGAGGAUGUGAGAAUUGUACAUUUUGGGUGAUCUAUACCUUUAAACCUCACAAACCCCAGCUCCACAGCCCAGCAAAACAUUAGUGAGCUUUAAUAAUGCCAAAGUUCUACAGAGUGGUGUCAGGGUGAGCUGUGUUGAAUGCCCUGGGGAAUUAGACACUACAACAGUAAUUAGACCUGACCUGUGAUGUCACAGUCUCCUUAUAUUUUGUCACAUAAACCCAGAAGAAAAUAUAUUGUCAUGUAGAGUGCCAUUAGUGAAAUGAUCAGACUGGAAUGAAAUUAAACUCCAACCAACAAGCACAAUCACACAAAGGAGGACUGCAGAUGACAUGAAACCCACAAUCUGUCUCAGCUCCAAAAAACAACUACUGGAACAAUUACACUCAGAACAGCAAGAAGCUAAUGCCAUUACACAGCCACUGCUGGAGACUGAGGCUGGAUUCAUAAAGAAUCUGGAGCACUACCUAACUCACAGUGACACAUUGGCCCUGAGGAAGCGGGAACUGCUCCAUAAGCGCUGGACACAGUGUGUGUGGCUGCCUGUACAGCGCUCCAUUGAGCAACACUUUACACACCACGGCUAUAAUGAGGCAAAGAACAUGAGGAGCAUGCACAUGCACUACAUUAACUACUGUAAUGCUAAGGGUUUUGUGUUUCUAGAGAGCUAUGAUCCUCUAGAGUACAACCCCUUCCUGCACUAUUUCAACAGACCACAUUAUCGCAAAGUUUCUACCCCACCAUUGCAGGAUCCACUGUCUCUUCAUUCACGAGUCAGGAUUAAAGAAAAAAUGACAAUACUUCACUGCCAAACAGGUCGUGUUUAUCACCGUCAGCAGGUGGAGGAACUUCUCCAGAGGCAGAGUGCACCUUUUUCCCAGAAUAGCCUUAAAAAUGUACGAGCCAAACCCUCCAGAGAUACUGUCUCAGAGCCAGUGUGGCAGGACCGAAAUGUACAGAGAUCAAGGAGUAGAGGAACUCCAUGCAUGGCUAUGGCAGAUGGACGGUGCUUCCAGCCUAAUUGCUGGUCCUCACGUGGUUAAUGAUGUCAUGGCAUCUGUCAAAAGGGUCUUACUUUCAUACGUUUCUUCCUCAGAGAUGUGUGGGUCUUCCAUUUCUGAGAAUGUUGCUCUUGUUAUGCUUUAUUAUCAUUAUAUUGCAAUAAAUCAGGAAGUGUGUAUAAUGUGUGUGGCACUUAUUAAAGGGAUAGUUCACCCCGAAAUGAAAAUUCUCUCAUCAUUUACACACCCUCAUGCUAUCCCAGACGUGUAUGACUUAAUUUUUUUCUGUAGAACACACAAAAAGAUUCUUUUGAAAAAUAUCAGCAUAAAAUAAUCCAUACAACUACAGUGAUUGAAUCAAUUUCUUCAGAAGCGAUAUGAUAAUACACGACUGGUAUUGCAUGAGUAAAUAAUGAGAGAAUUUAAAAUUUUCCCUUUAAACAAUGCAGAUUAUGUAGCACAAUAUCAGGGGACAUAAACAUGAGCAGAUUCUGCUCACAUGUACAGUUUGUGCCUUACCUAUCAAAAGAAAGUAGAUUCUUUGGACAAACUGAUGGAAAAAAGAAAAUAGAUCUAAAUUAUAACCAAAUAUCAAGUUCUAUACUUUUAAGGAAUCAAAAUGUACAAUUAAAUGUUUUUAAAUAAA